AUGUCGGAACUGGAGACGGCCAUUGGUCCAGCCAUCAGAGUUUUCAGCAGGCAUGCAGUCAGCGAGGGCAGCGAUUGGAGGCUGGGGAAGGGGGAGCUGAAAAUGCUGACAGAAGUGGCUCCCAAGUCUCCUAAAGGUAAGGCCAGGCAGGCCACUGGAGGUGACACAGAAGGUCUGAACAAACUUGGUAAGGAACUAUACACCCACAGAGAUGCUCAGGUGGACUUCAGUGAGUUUGUGUCUGUGGCUGCUCUCACCUGCCUGUCACUGUCACUCCCUGGGGGAGGAUGCCAAGUGACUCAGAAAGAUGCUGAAUGA